AUGGGAGCAUUAGAUAUUCCAUCAACAAUUCCGGACUCCCUUCCGGUGAUAGUAGUUGGCGCGGGCCCCGUCGGUCUCUCUCUCGCCAUCGAACUACGAUUACAUGGUAUCGAUGUUCUCGUUGUUGAACGCGAGUUAGAGAUUGUUGAUGGUCACCCCAAAGGCCGUGGAAAUGAUCUUCGUACCUUGGAGCACUACCACCGGUGGGGGGUCAGUAGUGAACUACAUCGCCUUGCCUGGCAGACGCGCAAUCCCAACCAGAAAGUAAUAAUUACGCAAACAAUUAAUGAACAGCCACUGGGAGCCUAUCCUCUUCGGUAUGGUCGGCAUAUCGAAGAGUCUCAAGAAUAUGCUGCGGAGCCAUCAUUGAGUGUUCCUCAACCAAUCCUGAUGCGAGUUCUUCAGAAACGAGCGAUUGAACUCGGUGCUCAAAUCCGACGGGGCUGGGAAGCAAUAUCCAUAAAGCUAGAGAACGAAACUGUGGUGGCGGAGCUACAAUCUCCAACAGGUAUCAUUCAUCGCGUGUACUCGGAUUAUCUGAUUGGCUGUGAUGGCCCAGGUAGCCAGGUCCGAAAAGCUGCUGGUAUCUCUCAGAAGGGUGUCGGUCCUAUAGCCCGAGCUGAUAGCUAUGUUGUCCGAAGUAAAGGAUACAAGAUUCGCGAUAUGAUCAGCUCUCCCGCUCAUGAUGCCCUAGCUUUCCUCAUGGUGCUGAACCCCAAAGUCUGUACCAUUAUUAGUAUCCCAGACGAGGAGAACUGGGGCUUUUCUAUUAUGUCCAAGGACAAUGAUCCAUCUCCACCGAAUGAGAAAGUCCAGCAAGUGGGACAAAAUAUUUUAGGAGCGAACGUGCCUCUGGAAGUAAUCAGUUCCUCCUCGUUCCGUGUCUUCACUCGUAUUGCAGAAUCAUACUCCACAGGUCGUUUAUUUAUAGCGGGGGAUGCGGCUCACCUCUGCCCUCCCACAGGAGGGCAUAAUAUGAAUAUUGGUAUUGGGGAUGUCGUUAAUCUUGGAUGGAAACUUGCGGCAGUUUUGAAUGGUUGGGGAGGAGAAAAGCUAUUAUCGACUUAUGAUUCCGAACGAAGACCGGUCGGGGAUCGGGUUUGUAACUCUGCUAUGGAGAACAGCUACUUGAUGCAAAAGGCUGCUAAUCUGUUCUCUGAAUUACCCCCACUUGGAGCAGAUUCUAGCCAAGAGCAACGUUUUCGCAGAGGUGAAACUGCCUAUCAGGCCACAUUCCAGCAGUGGAACAGUUUGGGAAUCACUCUAGGACAACGCUAUGAUGAUUCUCCAUUAACUAUUAAAGAUUGCUGGGAAGAUCCUCCUUAUAGUGCAGUUGAGUACUGGCAUUAUGCUUGCCCUGGGCAUCGUGCACCACAUCUAUGGCUCGAUGAUGGAUCGCCAUUGCUUGAUCACUUCGGAAAGGGGUUCACUUUGUUGGAUGUGCAAGCGUCAGAAGUUCAGGUUAAAUGUUUCUUGGAUGCUGCUGAUCGAGUUGGACUUCCUAUAACGUGGCUCAAACUACCAGCUCGUAUCGCAAGGACCAAGUAUCCUGCCUCUAUAACAAUCAUUCGCCCUGAUCAAUACAUAAGUUGGCAAGGAGAUGGAUCUGAUGAUCCUUCCUCGAUUAUUGAUAGCAUUAGAGGAAGUUAA